AAAAACUAAAGAAAAAAGAUGGAGUAUUUUUUAUAGGUAAUUAUUGAUUAUUAUAUUAAUUUACGUAAUUCUUGUUAGUGUUAAAUUUUGAAACACAAAUUAUGAAAAAGUUUGUGUAUACGGUUGUCAAGGAGACGCGUCACUUUCGUUUUUCUAUGGGUUGCAUCGGCUUCGCACGUUACAUACAAAGACUCACUCUACUGUUUGUUUAUUACUAAAUUAUUCCAAUUGCGGAAAUAGUAGCGCCGCUAUGUCCAACGUUUUCGUGUACCUUUAUUUCUUCUCCUUGGAGUAUAUAUUCUUUGAUUCAGGUGAUAACUUUUAUUGCGUUUCUUUUCGUUUAAAUUAUUAAAACCGUAAUAUGUAAAGUGCUUUUUUACAACUUUUGUCUUUUAAUUUCUUAAAUUCCUCUAUGUAUGUAUAGGAAUUCGUCAAAGCAUACAUAAAUUCAUAAGCAUUGCUUUGUCUUUUAGUUAGGUUUAAAGAGUCAGAACUCAGAGCUCUAAAGCUACUUACUGGCAAGUUUUAAAAAAUCUUUUUUCAAUGUGAAAACCCAGUGAAAACCGAAAUUGUGAUUAUUGAUUUAUCGAUUACUUUACGAGGCGAGGGCGAGGCAUAAGAUUAGACUUUCAUUUCAAAAGUGCGCUAUGGCUUUUAAAAUUUAAUAAUUUGGUUACGAGGUUAAGCGAUCGAUUCACAAUCAUGACCUCCCAGGCCCUAGCUUCCCUCACGGCAACGUACACGGACUCUGAAGGCGAGGAAGAUAUGGAGGAUGGACAACAGACGCCAGACAAAGAGCUCAUGGUUACACAAUCUGUGCCAGUCAGUCCGCAAACUGCGGGGGAAAACAAACAAUUUUCGUUAGCACCCGUGUCCCCUAAACGGAGACUAGUUUCAUACGUAGACGACACGAUUGUCUCGGACGAGGAAACUUUGUCGCCCAUCGUUGACGAUAUGAGGAGACUGUCCAUGGAGACAGACACGGACGAAACGAUUCCGGAGCCCAACGACUCGGAAGAUGGAGUCAUGAUACCGCCCGAGCCGCCGGGCAAGUGCCCCAAAGAACUGCAAGAUACCAUAGCCAAGUUCUACAACCGCAUGGUUACAGAGGGCUUAGACAUGAAUAAAAUCAUCCAGGAAAAGAAAAACUUCCGGAAUCCCAGUAUUAAUGAGAAACUAAUCCAAUACUGUGACAUAAAUGAGUCGGGUACUAACUAUCCACCUGACAUAUAUGACCCAUUGAGAUGGGGAAAAGAAUCUUAUUAUGAUGAGCUGGCGAAAGUUCAGAAUGCUGAAAUGGAGAAACUAGAAAAAGAAAAGAAGGAUAAAUUGUCAAAGAUUGAUUUCAUCAGUGGAAUUGCUAAGAAAUCAUAUAGUGACGAUGAUAGGAAACGGCAGUCUAAGUGGGAUCAAGUAGCACCCCUUGUGACAUUCAAGCCCAGUAUCAAACGACCUGAUUUGCUGCAACAACCUUUGACCACCACUGCCACAGGCACCAAGGGAACGGUCAUAUCUGCUUCGGGGUCAAUAACAAAGAGAUCUAAAAUGUGACAAAAAAAUAAACUACUGGCAAAGUUAUUGUGGGGACAUGAAUAGAAUCAGACAGAACUUUGCAGAAAUAUGUCAAUAACAAACAUUAAUCAUAAUAUAUGUGGCUUCAGUAUCAUAUUGCUUACUAUAGUCCUGUAGGGAUGGCAUAGAUUUAGUGAAGUUAAAUAAAUUACAUCAUAUUAAUUAUUAUUCUGUAAAGUGGCAUAACUAUAAGGUGGAAGAGCUGGCAAAAAGCUAUGGGCCCAAGGCUCAUAGGGCUCCAUACUUGUGAGCUCAGAAGUAAUCUAAAAAAAAUAAUAUGAUUUCUCUGGGGCGCCACACAAUUAAUUUGCCAAAGGCCUUAGAUGGUAUAGCUAUGCCACUAAUUCUGUAAUUAAUACUAUUAAAUAACUUGAUCGAGAA